AUGUCAAAGCGACGCACGGAUACUGCAAGGCCGAGCAGAAAGGUGUCCGCCACCAGCGAUGACUAUGGAGAUGGUGAUGUGGAUGAUGAUGCUCUUGUCAACGCUUCCUUCCGUGAUCUUGACUUUGAUCACAUCGAGAACUACGCCGACCCUAUCGAUUCCAUCACACGGAAGAAUACUGCGAAGAACAAAGUGACCAAGAAGAAGGAUGACGGAAAGAGCAAACGACCGAUUGAUACUACUGCUGAACAAGACGAUCCAGAGCCAUGUUGCAAGACUGGUAUGGAUAAACCAUCAAAGAAGAAAGCUGUCGCCAAACGCGUUCCAUCGUGCGAAGAUCGGCCUGAGCUGACACAGAGACCACCGCCGCCAAAAGGCAAAGAGAAGCAAACCAAGCUUCAGCUCACAGCAUCUAAGAGGAAGGUCUCUGCGCCGAUUGACGAGCUCGAUCUCACGCAGCAAGAAAAGAAGCAGAGAGCUGACUAUGGCACCAACGGACCCAGAGACUAUCGCGGCCUGCAUCAGCUGCAUAAGACGAUCCAGGGCAAAGAGCUUCCCUCUUCCCUUCAUUCUGUCAAGUACACGAAGCCAGCCUAUUGUUACUCCCAAGGUGGUGAGCAUAGUCUUGACUUUAUGGGCGGCUCCGCUCCUGAGCGGCAUCCAACAUCAAGCGAUUACGGUGAUUUUCGAUUUGACGAGCCAUCAGUCGACUUCGAUCAUCCUCAGCAUCAGCCUGCGCAACAAGACUCAAUCGGUGGCACACAAGAGCUGGAAGAUUACAUGGACUAUGAGCCUGCAGCUCCUGUAGCCUCUCACGAAUCUGACGCCUUUGACGAUGACGACUCCGUCCUUCGAGAGGCUUUCAUUGGGCUUGCAGAUUCUCAAAAUCGUCAGGAGAUCCGUGAAAGCGACACUAAUACCAUGCAGCCCUUCGAAAACGUCAUCGACGAUGACUACAUGGGUUACGGAGAAGGUGACAAGCCGAUGGACUCUAGUUUGAUCAAUUCCGAAGAUCACGUUCCGCAAAAGCCGGAGUUCAGUCAUCCCGAUCAUCAUCGCAAAGCAAAAAUCAGGACCUCUCGAUCGCCUUUCUUUGACAGCGAAGACAGUGCCGAAGCUAAGAUUGCAAACACCAUACCCGCAAAGGUAUUCACGUCGCAAGAUCUGCAACAACGGACGGCUACGCCACGCGAGCUGCAUGAAGCCGGCGACCAACAAGACGCGUAUGUCGACGACGAGGUGGCAGGCAUGUUGAACAUGUUCGGCGAUGAGCCGACCGUUGUCUCACUGGUCGAGGAGAAGCCGGUACCCGAAGCUUUCAAGGGCCUAGAGCCGUGGUUGUUCCAAGAGUUCGGCGACAUCGUGGAACUUGUUGAUGACUAG